AUGGAUGGAGACGACUUCGACGUUUGGGGUUCGCAGCCAUCGGCAAGCGGCCCUGCUACCCAUGCCGGUCUCGACCUCAACUCGCAAGCACCGGUGUCGGAGGGGUUCCCGGGGCUUGGGCUCUACGGAGCCUUCCUGCAGAGCGAUGAUGACGAGCUCCUCCCUGGGCGCGUCAGGGGCUCCGGGCUCCCUCCCUAUCGCCCACCCUACGCCCGGCGACUGAACUUCGGCGGCUCCUUAGCGGUGGCAGCUGGUCGCGGAGGAGGAAACGGUGGCGUGUUCCUUGGCGGGUCGUCGUCGGGGGCAGGCGACGGUGUUCGGCAGCGUGGCAACUCGGCCGCCGCGGCACCCAGCCGCCGUAACCAGCGCACCGGCACGGCGUUCAGUGGCAGCGACGUUCGGCAGCGCGCCAACUCGGCCGCCGCGGCACCCAGCCGCCGGGCACCGAGGAGUGCUGUCUGUGCGCAAGCAUCCGGCUCUGGCGCUCCCUUUGACAAUGGUGAUGAAGAAUUGGAGGAUGACGUGAAAGAGUUUGCGAGCUCCGGAGGUCCCUCGGUGAAGAACCAGAUAGUCGUACUCAAAAACACCCACUCCUUUUGGCGAUACAUGCAAGUGCACACAGGGUUGGGGAGGAAACCAGAUGGAACCAUUGAUGCCGACUCUGAGUUCUGGAUAACACACACAGAGAAGAAACCAUACCUAAGGAAGUUGCAGUGGGGUCCUCCAGCAAACGAGGAGUUGCUUGAUCAACUGUUCAGAGGUUGCACCGUGGAUGGAAGCACAACCUUUGUGCCUGGAGAUGAUUAUGGUCAGACUCAAGGGCAAGAUGCAAGGGCAGAAGAGGAGUUUCAAGGAACACCUACAAGUACAAGCAACCAGAGGAGCCAGAGGGGCAAGAGGUCAUUAAGCACUUCAAGCACUUUGACUAGUCCAUUGAAGAAGAGCAAGAGCCCAAUGGUGAAAAUUGUCAAGGACAUAGCCAAUACCUGCAAGGAGUCUGUCGCAGCCAACACUAAGCAAAUGCAGAAACGUGCAAAUGAGAAGGCUGCAUUUUCUGUGAAGAGGUGUCAGGAGCUGGCAUUUGAGUGCGGUGUUCAGCAAACAGUUGACUCUGUCUAUGCUAUGUCCAAGAUGUUCGAAACGGAGUACCAAAGGGAGUUCUUUUGUGGCCAAUUAACUCCUGAGCUUAGGUUGGGUUACUUCAAGAAAUGGUGCAGAGACAACAAUUUGGAGUAG